GUCCGACUCCGCUGUGUAGCUUGCGUUUUCCACGGUAUACGAUAUUUUGAAUUUGUCCUGGCUCAUAUUCUGGAGAGGCCCUGCCGAGCAUCAUUGCAAAUCAACCCGCCUAUUGAUCGGCGAAGCCACUGCAGCUUUCGCAAUAAGCCAGCAAAAACACACACUUGCAACAUUUCGUGUGCAAAUGGCUAGUUCCAACCCGCACAUUGCCCAAACCCUGCUUCAUCGCGCCUUCUCUCCAUCGACUGCAGAAUCGCAUUAUCGGGAACGCGCUGUCACGCGCCCUCUGUAUGUUCGUGCAACAUCUCCGACACCAUCAGCGCGCGCUGUUCGCCGUCAAGCUUUCAAUGAACGUAAAGAAGUCGCUAGGAAGCGCAGCAAGAAUAAGCCUCGUCCACUCUCUGCCGCAAAAAAGCGCGCGCUGGGCCUCAAUGAGAUUCCAAAGGAGCAGCAAAAAUAUGCGAUCUACGAGGGACUACAUAAUCUCUGGGUAGGCUACAUGAGGGAAGUGCUGGGCGUGAAUGAUGUGUCAAAGGGUGUCGUGAUCACUCCAAACGCAAGCGGCCAGAUACUAGCGACUGCCGAUAUGCAUGGCGCGCUGAUGACAGUGGUGAGGAGCCGGUGUGUGAGUCGCGUCGGGUUAGAAGGCAUAGUCGUACGUGACACUCGAUUCACCUUUGACCUCAUAACCAAGAACAACGUUAUCAAAUGUAAGUCUGUAGGCACCAAAUAGGUAAGUGGGGUAAGUAAUCUAACGAUAUCAG